CUCCCCUCCCCCACCCCCACCCACCACCACCCCGUUCUCCUCCUCCCUUCUCAUUUUCCUUCUUCCAAUUUCCCCAUUUUCUCCUCCUGAUCCUCAAAAUUUCUCACCACACCCAAAACAACUACUCCUUUCUCCAAUUUUUCAUGGACAAGGUUGAGAGAGAGACUCAGGACUUCAUGAACGUAGAGUCUUUCUCUCAGCUACCCUUCAUCCGCCCCGCCCCUCCACUCAACAAAGAAAAGGGCAUUCGGCUCUUCGGCAUAGAAUUUGGCGCCGACACCACUACUGACGACUCUGAGUCCCCUGAUUACACCAAUGCGUCCGAAGACACAAAAAGGAACAGUACCAACACCAACACAAACACCAUCAUCAACAACAGCAGCAACAAAAAUAAUAACAACAACCAAAACGGAAGCGAGAGCAGCAGGAGAUUCGAAUGCCAUUACUGCUGCCGAAACUUCCCAACCUCCCAAGCCCUUGGGGGACACCAGAACGCGCACAAGAGAGAGCGCCAGCACGCGAAACGCGAACACCUCCAGUCGGCCAUGGUGCAUGCCGGAGGCCUAUCUCAUGACGCACACCACGUGUACGGCUUGAUGAACUACACAAGACUUGGCUCCUCAGUUCAUCAUCAUCCCAGUCCUAACUAUCCAUCAUGGAAUAUUAGUAACUCUAGCUCUACUAUAACUAGUGCUCAUCACCAUCAGCAUCAUCAUGCUAGGUUUUAUGGAAGCUCUGGUGGUACGUACGGCACACAAUCAGCUCCCAUAAAUGGGAGCCCCUUGGCCUUGUGGCGGAUCCCAGCCGUUCAAGGUACUAACCCUAAUUCCAAUCGUGACCGUUCGAUGAAUUUGUUCUCCGGCGGGGAGGAAAUGAAGGCGUCCGUGGUCGGUAGUGGAUCGUCCGGUGGUCAUCAAGGGCGGUACGUGUAUGACUCGUCGAUGGCGAGUGUGCAAGAUCAUACAGGUGGGGUGAUGAGAUAGGUGAAAUCUGAUUCAGUGUAUGUGCGAUCAGGUGAUAAGGUUUGAUGAAUAGUGUUCAGCUUCUGCCUCAUAAUAUGCAGAAAGAAAAUGAUAUAUCCAUGGAAUUUGCAGGUGGCAUUGCUUACUGCAGUUGCAGCUCUACUUUAAUAUAUACAUCUUGCUUAUUUUCAGUGCCAUUGAUUUGAGAGAGAGAGAGAGAGAGUUAUCUCUAUGCAUCCAUGAAAGUUUAAAUUAUAUCUUGUUUUUCUUAAUGAAUAAAGGGGAACCUCCCUAUUCGUGACAUUGAGCAGGCAAAAGGAGCAAUCUGAAGGCCA